GUAUUUAGAGCACCACUUUCAGGUUUACAUUUGCCGUGCCAGAAAGAAAAUGGAGCGCAACGGGUUUCCUGCCUUGUUACUAGUAGUACUCUCCAAUGUCAUUUUGCUGUUUUCCCCUGCAUCAGUAGUUCAUGGAUGGGGAGUCGACGGCCACUUCGCCGUCUGCAGGAUCGCUCAGCCUCGCCUGAGCGACGCUGCAGCGGCCGCGGUGAAGCAGCUGUUGCCAGAAGAUGCAGAGGACUUGGCCAGUCUGUGUUCGUGGGCGGACAAGGUCAAGUUCCGGUAUAAAUGGUCUUCUGCUCUUCAUUACAUCGACACUCCUGACAACCUCUGCAACUACAGCUACAACAGGGACUGCAAGGAUGAGAAUGGAGAGAAGGGGAGGUGUGUUGAUGGGGCUAUCCAGAAUUACACUACCCAGCUGCUUACUUACAACUCUGCUCAAUCCUCCAAAUCUGACUUCACAUCAGAUAACCUGACAGAAGCGCUUCUCUUCCUUUCCCAUCUCAUGGGAGAUAUCCACCAGCCGCUUCAUGUGGGAUUCACUUCAGAUAAAGGAGGCAACACCAUUAACAUUCAUUGGUACACAAGAAAGACUGUUCUCCACCAUGCGUGGGAUGACAACAUAAUAGAGACAGCAGAAGAACAGUUCUACAACUCCAACGUGGAGGACUUGAUUGGUGCAAUUCAAAAGAAUAUCACUUCGGGUUGGACUGAUCUUGUUCCGUCAUGGGAGGCCUGCGGCGGUAGUAAGACUACAUGCCCAACUGUGUAUGCGACGGAAGGGAUUAAAGCCGCAUGUGACUGGGCGUAUAAAGGUGUGGAAGAAGGAUCGACAUUGGAUGAUGAUUAUUUCGAGUCGAGGUUACCAAUCGUGAAGUUGAGGCUGGCACAAGGAGGAGUUCGAUUGGCAGCGACUCUCAACCGAAUCUUCGGAUGAUCCGACCUGCUAUAGCCAAAACAUAUCUUUGGUCACCAUUUUCAUUUUCAUCCAAGAACUAUGCUUUGGUUUGUAAAAAAAAAAAAUUGGUGGCUUAUUGUUAUAUGAUUCUGUGGCCGCUUAAAGGGGGAGCCAUGAGAGAUUGUCAAAG